AUGCCCAACAAGAGAAAAGCCACCAUGUCGCCCCCCUUCUUGAAACGUCCUCGGAUAUCUUAUGACGAAGAAGAUGUCGAAUUUUCGACGGCAUCUCAUGAGCGUCCCCGUCAUAAUCCUCUCUAUGGCCAGAAGAGCGCAUUCCCCGGGUUGGAUGAUGGAGGCGAUGAAUUGCUGUACGACGAUCCGGAGGAUGGAUUGGAAUAUCUACGCAUGGUUCGAUCCGAAGCUAACUCAUUACCAAUCCUUUUUUCUGCGCCUACUGAGACCACAGACCCUUCAAAUCAAUCUUCGGACAGACAACGUGAUCUGAAGCAACUUGAACCAAAUAACCCUCUGCCAGCAGGCUUUUACGAGGACGAAGCCUAUAUUGCUCCUGCGAAGGAUGUCAACGAAAUCAAGGCCGCAAAUUCCCCUUCAAAACUCGAUGAACUCUAUUCCGAUGCGCAAAAAUCCUACAACAAUCUUCUCCGACAUCGAUUCCUCCUCUUGCGAUCGACCCUACGAUGCAGCCCACCCGCUGGUGCCAUCAGCACCCUUGACAAUGACCACCCUAUCAGUCUCCCCCGAAAGGCUGGAUCUGCGCACAAAAUAUGGCGCCGGCUUUUAGUUACUGUCGAACCGCGCAUGGUUCAACUGGCAAGCAUGGACAUGGACAGCGUGUUAGAAGUGCUAGAAAUACUAGCACGGAUGAUGUCUGAUGUUGUGCGAGGCGACGACACCCAGCGCGUACGGCGCAUUGGUGCUUGGGCUUGGGGCUUGUUGGGGAAGUGCCGCGAGGUGGGGCAGCUUUCUACCCGAGAGAGAAGGACGAAUAUGAGGAGGAGGGGGGGGGAGGGGGAGGAGGAAGAGGAGUCUGAAGAUUCCGUAGUAGAUCCAUCAAAGAAGGAAGCUCAGCAGAGCAAUCUCGUCGAUGAUGAGAAAGAUACCACGGAAGAAGUUCAGCAAGGAUCUACAGUCCAGGAUGAGGACGCGACCAAGCAAGAAACUCAGCCGGAACCUACAGUUCAAAGUGAGGAGGAAACCAAGCAAGCAGAAUUGCCGGAGAUUGCAGAAGCACAAGACUCUAGCAUGUCUGAUGCAUCGCUUGAAGAAUCCAACUUGGAGGUAGCCAAGGCGCGCUUGCAGGCUCGACUGCAGGACAAUUCCGACUCCGUGGAGAUCCCUGCUAGCUGCGAAGAAGAAGAAGCAGAAGAAGAAGAAGAAGAUGACGAUAAUUGGUCGAUACAAACCCAUGCCCUGCUCGACAUGAUCAUUACGGUUGUCGGUGAGUUCUUCGGCCAGCGGGAUCUGUUGCAGGAGCGAGAGGUCUGGGGUUAG